UGAAUUUCAUUUCUAUAAAUUUUUGCAGACGAAUUUUUAAAAAUUCAAUGGUCUGUUUUCCAUUAUAAAAAUAAAAAUCCGAUUAAAUUGCCUUGAAAAGUUGAAAUUUGGUUCAUUUCGUAUCUCUCGAUUCAAAAGUUGAUCGAUAGUCUUUUUGAGCUAUUCUGGAGCCCUUAUGAAUUUUUCAGUUCUUGAAAAGAAACUAAAAUUGUGAUUGAUAUUUUUAUAAUUUUAUGCUUCAAUUUCAAUGCAAAAUCAGCCACUAUCCCCCCUCCCUUCACCAUUUUUACCCCUGACGAUAUAAAAUCCUUCUUCAAACAAAUUACUCACUCUAAAUGGCAAAAUUUCUGGUCAUCACUGACAUCAAACAAACUCUUUCAACACAAAAAAACAAUCUACCCCUGGAAAAAUCUUAAUCACCUAAACAGAAGAGAAGAAAUAAUUAUAACCCGUCUAAGAAUAGGUCACUCUAAAAUCACACACAAUCAUCUCUAUCAAAAAAUUCCGAAACCCCCCUGUCAAUUCUGUGAAAAUGAACCUAUAUCCAUCCAACAUUUACUAUUCACCUGUCCUAAAUUACAGCAAACAAGACUAUCUCUCCAAAUAGACCCAAAUUCAAUGACCAUUCCAGAUAACCCUUCUGAAAUCCAAAAAUUUAUAACCCUACUUAAAAGCACCAACCUAAUAAACCAAAUCGAAACCCUUCUAGCCACGGGUGUAAUAAUCGUGUAAUUAUAAACACCCAAAACAAAAAAAAAAAAAAAAAAAAAAAAAAUGGGUUAUAGAAUGUGUCAUGAAAAUGGUACGUUAAAGUUGAUAAGUGCUUUCUCAUUCAAGUCCUGAACAAAUUUUGAAUUUUUGGUAAAAAAAUUGGACAAAUUAUUAAAUCUUAAAAAAUUAGUCAAAAAUCUAAAAAAAAAAAAAAUUGAAAUUCAGUGUCUGAAAUUUCUCAGAUCUAGAUUUUUUUUGGCCAAUUGGGAUAUUUUUGUCAUGAGAAACCCACGAAAAAAAAAUGUACGAAAAGAAGUGAAAUUUUGAAACAUAAGAUUUUCUACCAGCAAAAUGUACCUACCUAAUUUUAUUUCUACAUUGUUUUUGAGAUAUUUUCAGAAAAAAAAAGAAAAAUCAAUUUAAUUGAACCUGUUUUCUAGAACUUCACAUUUCAACCACUCUUUACACUCGUAAAUUGUGUAAUUUUGUUUUUUUUUUGUUCGGUCUAGUCUACAGGUUCUUGUUAUGCCAUUUUAUUCUGCAAAAAGCCAAUUUUCUGCUAAACUUUUUCAAUAAGCCCCUCCAUUUUAUCAAAAGAAGACAAAUUACGAACCUCUUGUAAGGAAUUCACCCAUAAUCUUAUCAACUAAAAAAAUUCAGGUAGGUAGGUAAGGCACGAGCAAAUCAAAAAUUGCACUCAUAAAUCGAUAUCUAUUCGGAAUUUCUCUCAAUAUUUUCAUUUCUGAACUCUCCAGGGUAUUUGAAAUUGGAUGCCCAGUUUACUCGCUGGUUACUUACUGCUAAUGGAGAAUAAUAUUUACAUGCCUUUCUCAGUACGAUACGAUAGGAUACGAAGCCCCAAUCCGAAGCCACCGUAAGACCCAUCUGGUGAACUAAUUCUUUCGGUGAAAAUGCUGAGAAGUUCGCGUGUUCCCAUAACAGCAUAACACGAAGCAUAACAAAUGUUCAAAACACCUUUCGUCGUCGUCGUUCGGUUCCUCGCUUGCAGUAUAUCACACAAUGUAUAAGAGUACAAAAAAAAAAAAAUACAUGGAAACGUGUUCACCAUUAUGUGUACACAUAUAUCGAAUAUCUACAAGUCUUUUCCUCUCUCUUUCUGCAGUGCAGUCUGUAUAGUUUAUAGCAUAGCAUACUAUCCUACAAGUGUACAAGUACAACUCGACCGUAUCAGUUCACCAACACCAAUGAGAAAACAAGGACAUUACAUUACGUACGAAUGGUAUAGAGUAUAUAGAGGAGUUAAUCGCCUAAAAAUUCAUUGCAAUUGAGUAUAAUUCUUCACGACACCCGAUUAAUUCCUAUUUUUAAACCGGUUCUGGCUGAGUCAUCUAGGAUAUCUUUAAUUUAGCUAUUUUCUCAUCAUCAUCAUCUUCAUACCACAGUCAUGCUUCCCAAGUACAAACUUAUCGCAGCUUUGCUGACUGACCGAUUGAUUAACGAAAGAAAACGAUGUCUAUAUUUUAUUAAUCAUUUCUUAUCUACUUGUAGAUAACAGAGGCGUCCUUUCUUUGAUUUUUCACCCACAUCCUCGCAGGUAUUCAAAUGACGAGUCUUCGCAAUGUCAAUGUCUUUCUCUUAUCGUGAUUCAUAAAAUCGACAUUUUAUUUCAGUUUACUCAACGUAACCCAUUAUGAAGUUGUUAAAUUAUCGUAAAAAAACGCAUUCGUCGGGUUUAUCGCUUUUGAGGUGACGCUGACAAUGCGACGAGUAUGGACGAAAUAUUAUUGUGGCUUUUAUCUCCCCCGCCUCGUAUUAUCAACUCCCUGUCCAUCUUAGUUUUUUCUUCAUCAUCUUGCAUUAUGUGUCGUACGGUGUCGGUGUAUAAGGCUGAAAUAGUGUCGUUAAUUCGUAGAUUUCGAUUGUGUGAUGGAAAAAAUUGGUGUGAUUUUAGUCAUCUUGAAUAUUAAGUACCUAGAUCGUCGCGUUGUAAAAAAUGUACUCUGUGAUUUGAAAUUGUUCUUAAUUUUUACACGUGUAAUGACCGAAUUUUCUCAAUGAAGUAUUCAGCGGAGAGAGGACUGCGAUAGUUUAAGAAAUCGCCAGCAUACAUUCCAUGCCAGGUAGACGAGAAGAUGACCGAAGAAAUAGCAUUUUCGGACUGGUCCGAAAGACUGGAAAGAUCCGGAAACGGUAACGAUGAUUUGAACGAUGGUAACACCGCAGAAAAUACCAAUAGCUGGCUUCCGGCGUAUGGUUUUCAUCAACCUGUAUUGCAGCAGGCUUUCGUGCAGGAUAAAAAUUUGGAGUUUUAUUCUAAUGACAUGAUGGAUGGAGCUUGCACAACUCAUCUAUUAUUGGAAACGAUUAUGGAAGAAACGUCCGAUGAUUUACGAAGCGAAACGUCCGGAUCCGAGUAUAAUUCCGGGCUGCUCACCGAUUCCAUGUCCACUGUUAUACACGUUCCUUCUUACGAAAAGAAUCUUCAUACAAGAAAUGGCCGAAAUCUAUACUGGAACGGUAGCGGUGGCAGCGGCGGCGAAAUAAACACCGAUCCGGGCGUCCACGACGACGACAACGACUCCGAAGAAGACGACUUCACCGACGAACUGGACGACUCUGAUUCGGACUCAGACUCGGACGACUCCGCCGAUUCAGCCGAUUCAUCCGAUUCACAUCACCGCAGAGGAGACGAUCUAGGCGGAGGUCUUCCUUCACGUACCAGCAGCCUGCUCCAAUUCGAGAACCUCGAGAAACACUGCGAAACCAUAUUCAGCAAAUCACGCCCGAGCAAAUGCUCCGAAUACGGCUCUUCGUUCGAGAAUAAAAACGCUCGAACGUGGAGUACCAGUUCGAAAAUCACCAAAAGUUCCUCGCAACCUGAAAACCUCAACCACUUUAGUAGUCACCAGCACCACCGACACGAUAUCGACGACGAUAACGACUCUAGCAGUUUAUCUUCUCCUUGUUCGUCUAGCAGUAGUGAAAUGAUAAGCUCCGAUGAAAUGCUCAGUUCGUCGUACAGUUCAAAGUAUAACUCGCUGCCACGUAAAUCGAGCUUGAGGAGUUUUCGUAGCGUAGACAGUCUAACGUCGCUCCAGCAGAAACGAGAAAAGGAGCAGGAUUUGUUGAAUAGUAUGGAUUUAUCGCAGAGUUUGACCGAUGAUUUAGCUCGGUUGUCGCAAGAAGAACCCGAAGAGAUACCUGUACCUGCCAGAGGGAUAUAUAAAACGAUGGAGUGUUUGAGUGAAAUCCAAACUCAAGCAUUGGUCGAUGAUGAUCACGUUAACGACGAAGAUGAAAAUGAUCACGAACGUAGUAAGCAAAGUAAAACCAACGAGACUACGAAAGUCGUUCGUAGAUCGGCUGAGAAUCUCAGCGAAGAUAGCGGGUUCGGUGAUCACGUCAGUGUACAUAAACGACCCACCGCAGAUGAGAGCAGCACCAUCGUAGUAGUCGUAGAAGAAGCUCGUAAAGUGAUAGAAAAUAGUAUCGGCGAAGAGGGCUGCGAUGUUGUGGAUGGUGUUCGAAAUCAGUCUGAUGCAGAAGCCGAAGCCCAACGAGACGAUGAAGACGAAGAGGAGGAGGAACUACAGAUGACGACGAAUACUGUAGACGACGACGUCGACCAGAAUGAUGCUAAAUUUAACCAACAGUGUUGGCAAAGCGACCCUAAUCUUUUAGAUGCUACGUACGUGAUUGAAACCGAGCAGAAGGCUCAAGUCAGUCAGCAAAGUGAAGAGUGUACGAGCACUAUGAGUUCGCGUUUACCGGUCGUAAGUACGCCGAAUUUAUAUAAUACCGAUGAAGAAUAUCAUUACAAAGGUAUCGCCGACGAUACCGAAGCAUCUUCGCUUCUAUGUAACGAAUCGACGGUUUCAUUAUCGAGGAUUUACUCUCUGAAGAGGAUUAAUUUCGGAAGCGAAGGUAAAUUGAGCACGACCUCGUCCAGAGGCAGUAACGUACAAAUUACUACUAGUUUUAUUAACCUAACGACUAACACGAGCUACGGUAGCAACAAGGGUGUUCAUUUUUGCCCCGUUGUCAGCGAAGUAAGCUGGCAAGAGAGUAGUGGAACCGAAGAAGAAGAGGACGAAGAAGACGAUCGUCUAGAAGAAGAAGAGAUCUCAAUCAGCGAAUCGGAUUCAAGAGCUGAGUACAGUGCCGGAGACGAAGAAGAAAUCAGACUCCUCAGACCAGGAGAUCUGUACAGCAGGGUAGAUCAGAUCAAAGACGAAGAAAGGGACACCAGUAGCGAUAGUCGUUCGAGGGAUGCGACUCCACCGAUCGACGAACUGGUUGAAAAGCUGUUAUCGGAAUCGGUUAGCAAGCAGGCCAGAGAAAGCGAAAAGCAACGAUUGCGACAGGCCCAGCAACGUGCUCGUUUAGACUUUAUCACAUCUCCGCCUCCUAAACGUGGUAGCAUUGCCCACGUGAUGCAGCAGCGUAGUAGUAGUGGCAAUGAGAAUGACGCUGUAAACAACAACAACAGCAGCACACCGACUGCUAACAAUCAAGUUUACAACUCGUCGAGUACUAGUCAUCAUUCGAACGCGAACGCGAACGUGUCCUUCGCUAUGGCUAACGAUCACCAAGGUGCAGUGGAUAGUGUCGCGAAUAAUACUACGAAAGAUAAAUCAUCGUCGAAAUCGUCCUCAUCGAGUAAAAUCGGCGGCUUCUUACAACGUUUCUCGCUCAAACGUCUCAGUGGUCGUAAAAAAAGCAAGAAAUCUGGCUCGAGUUCGAAUUCGUCAUCGUUGUCUUCGUCGUCGGCGCCACCUGUUGUAGUCGGUUGUGUGCCGAAAGAAGGCUACGUCUCGACGUCGGUCGGCGAGCCAAAUUCGCGAAUUGUACCGCUCUCUGACGAUGGUGGCGAAUACGACCAGGUCUCGGUGUCGGUGUCGGUGGUUUCCAGCAAACCUCCUUUGCCACCUUCAGCUCCAGCGCGCUGGCGUCCCUCGAACGAAGGAUCGCCGCCCCCUGCCCAAGAUCCUCCGGGUGGUGCGCCGCCGCGAUCCGGCUCCGGCGCCGCUGCCGCAACAACAACGGCACAGGCACACCAGCUAACGCCAGCACCACGAGGCGGUGGCCAUUCAAACGCCACGAAUAUGCUACGAAAUACACACGCUAAUAUCGAUCCGAAUACUGGGAUAGGUCUUCUAGAAACUGACAUAGAUUCGAAUGUCACCUCGUCGACCAGUGCCGUUAAUCGAGCCGCUAAUUCGUCGUCGUCGCCUUCGCCUUCGCCUUCCUCCGGUGGUGGUAAUAAAAAAUCGCGAAGUUUGUUGAAUUUGGAUAAUGGCAGAAUGUCCAUCAAACAGUUGACCCCCGAUGAUCGGGCCAUCAAACCGAGUAGCCCACAUCAUCACGCAUGUAACGACUACAGAGCCAAAUCCAUGGAGUUCUUGCUCGAUAAAGAAAAUCAAGCUGCUAUCAAGCCGCCGGAAAAUGAAUUACAAAAGGGUAACGGCGAGAAGAAAAUGUCAGAGCAUGAGUUACGAGUACAAAGAUCGUUGCAAAAGUUAAACAUUCCCGAAUGGUAUAAAAAUUCGACGGUACCGGCUCAAGGAUUUUUACUGAAAAGACAUAGCGAUGCGGGACAGAAUGCCCAAAGUCAUCAGCACCAACGUUGGAAUGCCAGCACUCUGCCUUCGAAGACUACUUCGUUAUCGAGUCUUGGAUCGACGUUGUCGACGACGCCGAGAAGUCCUACGAGCGGAGUAUUAACCAGCCCAAGUCCGACCCAUUACGCAUUUUCUAGAUGGAGCACUAGUAGACUAAACAGUGGUACAAAUUCGAGUAGCACAUCGCCAUGCGGAUCGGCCAGGUCUUCCUUUAACUACAGACAACCAUAUCUCGGAUGGAGAUCGCAAGAAAAAUUAUCCAAACCGAGAACACCAGCUGAAAGACUGGCGGCUGGACUAUUACCACAGUAUCAGAAUGGCAGUCAACAGUCAUCCCCUAGUUUAACCGAAGUUCGCACAUCUAUCAAAGAAGUGACGUCAGCAAUUGUUCAUUACGUAUCCGGUACUCGAGAAAGUUCAGAUAGAUUAUCCCCUAGUCUCAGAUUAUAUGCAGACAGUUCAUCUAGGUCAACAUCUCCCAGAGGCAGCACAGGAAGGUUAUGCUGGCUGGAAAGCUCGUUCGUCGGAAGUCGACCCUUAAGCGUACCAGAAACACCAUCGUCGGCCACAGCGGACGAAAAAACUAAAACGAUAAAAUUCGAAAAAGAACCCACCGACGAAUUAUAUUUAAAUUAUUCCGCUAAUAAUACUCAAAAAUGUAACGAAAAUCAGACAUUUAAUAACCAAAUAAAUGGGAAAGCUAGUUCGACGAACAAAGCAGACUGGAAACCAGGCAGCCAAUCUCAAUUCGACAUCAAACGUCGCCGAAGCGAAGGUAGCGCGUUACUGCUACAAAAAGGCGUCCAAGACCGCAGAAUCUCGUACGACAUCUACGCCGACCCGGUGAAACCGAUGAGUACGGCGCAAUCGAAUCUAAAACUGGUGGUACAGUGUCGUUACCCAAAAUGUGGCAAAACGGCCGAACCAGCCGAGGCCAAGAGAUCUUUCAAAGUAUGCCACAACUGCGACUACGUCUACUGUUCGCGCGAAUGUCGCCGAGAACAUUGGGAAAAACAUCGCAAAGUGUGUCUUCAUUCGAGGGUCGGUGAACUCUGCCGAAGAGUGCUAUCGACCAUAAAGCAAAACGAGGAUAUUCUAUUGAACGCUUCCACCGUAGCCAGACGAGGCUUCUUGACGCACGGUCGAGGUUGCGUCAAGUUCUACUUCCACAGUCCCCAGUUGGCCGAACAAUUCGCCAACGGAGCGGCCGGACAUCCGGAUCCUGUCUACAUCAAAUGGACCAAUUUACUGCCCACCGAAAUGGGCAACGAUUUGUACGCCGAGCUGUUACGUAUAUGUAAAUCGUACAAUCCAGAUACAAGGCUAGUGAUCUUCGUGGCGAUCCACGUCGUCAGCGAAGUACCAACGCGAGGAGCAGUCAAAUGGGAACGUCAGAUCAUCUCGAGAUGCGCGAAAACAAAACUAAGUCCGGCCUUGACCACCAGGAAUCCGUCUCUGUGUAAUCUUAGCAAAGAAUCAGAGUACCCGGAAACUCUGAUAUUGACCUCUCUGCCCGGAAGUCAAGGUACCCAGAAAGAUAGACAGGUUAGUUUUACAAACAUACAGAGGCAUUUAAGACAACGAGGAGUCAGUUUAAGGAAACAGUUUCCAGAAGUGUAUAAAAAACUGUGCAAUUACGUCGAAGGCACCGAUAAUUUCACACCUAUUACCAUAUAUCCGGUGGAUAGUGCAUCUGGUAAGAACUUCAUGUGUGUUAUAAUGCCGGACGCCGAGCCGGAGAAAUUAAAUUUAAUACCUAAAGACAAUUUUAACGUUAAAACCAUAGAUGUAAGUAAAUUGAAAAAUUCACCUUCGGAAUUGUAAAUUUUACUACAGUACCUAUACCUUUAAAUAUUUUUUUUAAUGCCUCUAAAUUACCUACGUUAUAUACUUUUGUUUAGUUGUAAUCUCCAAUCAAAUUUUAGUGAUGAAUUUUGUGAUAUGAAAAUUGUAAAUUUAUUUUAGAUAUUGUCUCUUUAUUACUUACUUAUUAAUUUUAUUAAGCUUUUUUAUCUCUACACGGUUUCACCGCAGUAUUCUCAAUAUGGCAUUUACUUAUUCAAUCUCUACAAAAAUAUCUAAACGAACAAAGCUUCAAGCUGUGUCGGCAAGUUUCUUAUAAAGAGCUCUCAAACGCGCACAGCUUUUACUUUAUUAUAUUUUUCUCUAUCAUGAUAAAUCACAUUCUAAGCAUUGUACAACGUGUUUGCCUAUUUAAUUGAAAGAUAGGCAGCCGUUGAAAAUGUUGAUUUUAAUAGAUCUACCUUCUCGAUUAAUUUUAUUACAGUAGCAAUCAUAGUACCUGAUCAGUAUUUACUUUACCUACACCAAGUUUUAUUUGCACUUCACACUUUUAUUAAUCAUCUUUAUCUACAUAGAAUUACAUAAAUGCCUACUUAAUGUAUGUAUGUACUUACACUUACCUAUUUUUAGCUAUACUUACUUUCACGUUUUUCUUCUGCUUAAAAAUAAUUUUUCAUCACUUUUCUCUUCCAUUCAAAUAAUGCAAAUAUCUUCAAAAAUUUUGUUCACUCCCAAGAGGAAAGAAUGUUUGAAUCCGGUCUGAUCAAAAUGUUUAAACAAGUCUGAUUAUUAAACAGGUCUGAUCGAUUGUGAUCAGAUCCACUCAGAUGGUAAUUUUCCUGACCUGAUCAAAAAAAAUGUUUCCCUCUAAGGGUCUGGAUAUUCCUUCAUAUUUUCUAUCAAAAAAAAAAAAAAUGUUAUAUUUAAAGGUUUGGCCUUUUUUUGAAAAAUGUUUACUUGUACAGAGUGAUUCAAUGAAAUUCUAGUCUCCUGAAUAAAACACUAUAGGCAAAUCAAUUCACAUCUAUACAAUGGGGAAAUACUUAGUUGAAUAUGGAAACUGCUUGGAAUUAAUUCAAACUGACCAGACCUGAUUGGAUCUAUUCGAGAAAUUAGGUCAACAUCAAGGGAGAAAGAUUGAAUCUGAUCACUUCAGAAAAUUGGCCCUACCAGAGUUGAGCAGUUUUCAGGUUAAUGAGUAAUUCCUCCUCUUGGCGCAGAACUCCAUACACAAUAAAAUAAGCUAUUUUUCAUUUUUUUUUUUUGAGUUUUGAAAUGGUAUGGGUCUCCUUAGUGAUGAAACUGAUUCAAAUAAGCAUGCUAAUAAUUUCAGACCGAUGAAUAAUACCUCCUCCUGGCGCAGAACUCCAUACCCAAUGAGAUGAAGAAUUUUUUAUAAUUUUUCAAUUUUGUAGGUACAGAGGUCGCCAUAGUGCCCAAAUUUACCCAGAAUUAAAGUUGAAAAAAUUGCACCUGGGUGUCGAUACCUCCUCCUGGCGCAGAACUCCAUAUUCAAUAAAAUGAACUAUGUUUCAUUUUUUUAUGUUUUGAACUUCUGAGGGUCUCCUUAGUGAUCAAAUUGAUGCAAAUAAGCAUGCUAAAAAUUUCAGAUCAAUGGAUAAUACCUCCUCCUGGCGCAGAACUCCAUAUGCAAUAAGAUGAAGAAUUUUUCAUAUUUUUUCAAUUUUGCAGAAACAGAGGACUCCACUGUGCCCAAAUUGACCCAAAUCAAAGUUCAAAAAAUUCUACUUCCAAGUUGAAUACCUCCUCCUGGCGCAGGACUCCAUACUUGACAAAAUGCAGAGCUGUGGGUCUAAAAUGAUCCUGAAACUAGAACCGCGGUUAAAUCUCGAUUCGAAUCCAAUCCUGAAACCUAUCCUAAAACCAAAAUCGUUAUUUUUCUUGAUCCCAAAACAGAAAAACUCCCAUCUGAUGUAAUUUUGAACCCAAGACAAUCCCAGAACUGAAACAAAUUCGUUACAGGUUUGGGAUUUCAUUUUUUUUAUUUUUUUUUUCAAUUUUGUAGAAAUUACUUGACAAAUUAAGCAAAAAUUUGCAUUUAAAAUUAAAAUAUUGAACUAAUCACACCAUCAGAUUCCCCAUGUCAAAAUCUCCCAUUUUUUAGACCCCUUGCAGGGUUCAUUGGUAAAUUUGGACUUAAAAUUGGUUGCAAUGAAAAUCCCAAAACCUGAACUAAGUCAUCCUGGAACUGAAACAAUUUUUUCAAUCCUGAAACCAAUCCCAAAACUGAUAUAAAAAUUUAGAAGAACAAAGCUAAAACAAAUCCAAUCCCAAAAUGAAUAAAUCUUACAUUAAUCCUGAUACCAAAACCCAAUCCCGAAAUUGUUAUGGACCCACAGCUCUGACAAAAUUGAAAUAAUGUUUUCUUGUGGGGGGAAGGGGGUUGAAAUUGUAAGGGUCUCUCCUUAAUGAUGAAACAGAUUCAAAUAAGCAUGCUAACAACAUCAGACUAAUGAAUAAUACCUCCUCCUGGCGCAGAACUCCAUGAAGAAUAAAAAUCAGCUAUUUUUCAUUUGUUUGAGUUUUGAAAUUGAAAGGGUCUCCUUAGUGAUGAAACUGACUCAAAUGAGUAUGCUAACAAUACCAGACCGAUGAAUGAUAUCUCCUCCUGGCGCAGAACUCCACAUGCAGCAGGAUGACAAAUUUUUUCACAUUCUUCUAAUUUUUGAUGUACAGAGGUCACCAUGGUGCCUAAAUUGACCCAAAUAAAAGUUCAAAAAAUUCAACUUCAGUAUGUGAUACCUCCUCCUGGCGCAGAACUCCAUAUUCAAUAAAAUGAACUAAUUUUUCAUUUUUUUGAGUUUUUAAAUUGUUUAGGUCUCCUUAGUGAUCAACUUGAUGCAAAUAAGCAUGCUAACAAUUUCAGACCAAUGACUAAUACCUCCUCCUGGCGCAGAACUCCAUAUGCAAUAAGAUGAAGAAUUUUUCAUAUUUUUUCAAUUUUGAGUAUACGAAGGUUUUCAUAGUGCCCGAAUUGACCCAAAUGUGAUAAAUAAAGUAUAGAGUUAAUACUUUUGUCGUAAGAUAACGAGAGAGUAUUAAGUCAAUAGUGAGUGAUCCUAGAUAGACACCCCAAGUACACUUCAAUUGGAAUUAACACACAGAGUCGUGUACUUGGUAUGUUCUCAAACACGAAUUAGAUUGAUAGGCGAAGCUGUCAAUGAAUUACUUACCCCGGCUUGGUGCGCGAAUGAGAUUAUCACACGAUUAUUUAUCAUAAAGAAAGGUUAAAGAAAACAUACGCGAAUUUUACUUUAAACUUGUAUUGUACACGAAAAUAAAGAGUUCACAAUAACGGAUUAUUAUAAACAAAUAAAAAGACUUAACACAAUUAAUAACUUAACAAAUUAAUAGUAUGAAAUACUAUAAAAAACCUUUAACCGAGGGCCUGAGCUCUCCUGUAUUUUAGGGUACUUUUAACUUGUCAAUUCGCGACUCGUGUCGUUUAAGAACUGCGACGAGUUUAGGUAGCUAAUUUGGCUAGCCAGCCAAAUUAGCACCUUGACCACGCCUAUUGUUACCAGAUUGGUAAAGGGUUGACAUACGAGUAUGCUUUAUUGACGAAUAUUGGUAGUGGCUUUAAGGCAUAUACUUCCUACUCUAACAAAUGAAAGGUCAAAAAUUCCUCAUCCGGUAUGUAUUGGCUCCUCCUGGCGCAGAACUCCACAUGCAAUAAAAUCGAGUAUUUUUCAUUUUUUUUUUUUGAGUUUUGAAAAAGUGAGGGUUUCAAUAGUGAUCAAAUUGACUUGAAUGAAUGCUCGAAAAAUUCCACUUGUAUGUUUUUGCUUCUCCUGGCGCAGAACUCCAUGUACAAUAAAAUAAGCCACUUUUCAGUUUUUUGAGCUUUGAAAAAGUGAGGGGGUCUCCAUAGUGAUCAAAUUGACUUAAAUAAGCAUGCAAAUAAUUUCAGACUGAUGAAUAAUACCUCCUCCUGGCGCAGAACUCCGUACACUGUAAGAUGAAGAAUUUAUUAUAUUUUUUGAAUUUUGAAAAAGUAAAUGUCUCCAUGGUGACCAAAUUGAUUCAAAUAAACAUUCCAAAAACUUUUAUCCUGUAUGUAGCUCCUCCUCCUGGCGCAGAACUCCAUGCACAAUAAAAAUGGGGUAUCUAUAAUUUUUUUGAGUUUUAAUUUUUCUUAUUUUUAGAUUUUGAAAUAGUAGAAGUCUCUAAUAAGUAUCCUUCCAUGUGAACGUGACCAGAUUUGAUCAGAUCAGAUUCGGAGAUUGUCUGGAUUCAAUUUGAUGUGACCAGACCUGCUCACAAUAAAAUGAUUGAAUCUGAUCAGUUCUGAUUAGACAUAGCCAGAUCAAUGUUUUUAUAGAGUACCUAUGGGAUUAUAAAAGUUUACACGUGAUCAGUGAUUCCAUGAGCGAGAACUCAUUGAAUAUAGCCAGAUCUUGAAAUAUCUGUUGGUUAGAUCCAAUGAGCUCCAAUCAGGUCUGCCUUAUUGGGUCUGAUCAGAUCUGAACCGAUCUGAUUAGAUCAAUAAGGCCUUGAAAAAAUUUCAAAUUUUUUAAUCAACGUUUGACCUCCCCCCUCCCACUCUCUUGGAUCGAGCUCAAUGUUUUGAAAAUUGAAAAAAAAUCUUUCUUGUUCAAUUUGACUCUGGGAAGAGGUUGUUUUCAGUGGUUUUAAAAUUAGUACUUCUACCUAUGCGUAGCAUUUUUUUUAUUUAUUUAAAAAAUUUACUUAAAGGACACUUAAUCCGUUCAAAAUUUCAAUACUUGAUACCAACAGACUAUGCUUUAAAAUUCUGAAAGCCAGGAAUUAUAAUUAUGAAAUAAGAAGUGACCACGGACCAAGUAUUUAUUAAAAAUUCCUCACGAAUAAAAAAUUAUAUUAACUAAGUAAGUAGUCAAAUGCUUAUUCAUUAGAAGCUCUUCAAAACUAUUUUCUUCCGAUGAAUAAAAUUUCAUUUGAAACACCAAUUUAUUGUGUAACUUAUUACGAAAAUAUCCAACAACGAUAAAGAAAUUGAUUUUCAAAUCUAUAUUGACUAAUCAUCGCUUUUACUAGUAUAGGUACCUAUCAUCACUUGAUUAUUUUUUUUGUACGAGUAAUUUGUUUACACAACGUCACAAGUGCUGUUUGCUGAUAAAAAUUUCUCUCAAUCUCAUUAGAGCCAUUGAGUUUUUUCAAAUGGGUACCUAAAAUUAAUUGAAACAACGCUAAGAAAAUAUUUUGACACUAAUAAAACUGUACUUACAUCUUCAUCAAAUAUACUUACUUGAUAUGUAGGUAUAUAAAUUGACAUCGAAUUUUUUUAACAGCUAUUAAUUAACCUAUCUGCAGCUUUACAUCCCUGCUGUACCUAUUUAGUUAAAUUUAUCCACCAUUUUUCAUCUAGAUACAAAUACUUGUAAAUUAUUUCAGAUAUUUUUUUCUUAAUUUAUUUGUAUACUUACUUAUAUCAAAUGCAACAAAUAAAUCGAGAUCUUUAUUAAAUAAUAAAAUUACUUACGUUUGUAAAUCUCAUAAGGAGAAUAUCAUUUUUUAAAAAAAUGAUACCAUGCGAGCUUAUAAACAAAACGAUAAUUUUAAAAAUUAUACCUACGUAUUUUAUUUUUUUUAAAUUUACCUACUUAUUUAUUUAUUUUAAAUGGGAUACAUACCUAUUCAAUAAUCUUUAUAAACAAAACAACGCAAUAAAAAAAAUAACAAUAUCAUUUUAAAAAAUAAAACAUUGUUACAACAUAAUGGAAUUUUGAGAAUCAUACUAAUGACAUGAUUUAUACAAGAGGUAUAUGUCUUCCUACCACUCUAAAAAUAAUAUUACUUGUAUAAGUUCUUUUGGGUAAAACAGAUAAUAUUUUUAAUAGGUAAUGUACGGGUACACAUGAGUUUUUUUUUCAAAAUUUUUAUAUUUUUAGCUUGAAUAAUCAUGAAAUUACGUAUUGUAGGUAAAUCACAUUUUUCAAUUUUCGUCAGUGGAUUAAAAAUCUUUCUGUGUAAAGCUGAUUGUUGUAAUAUUUUCAGCAUAGCGAGUAAUUUUUUUAUUGUAAUAGAUUCUGUCUUUUUGUUACAUAGUUAAUCAUAAUAUUUUCGUUGAUAUUUUUAUUUAAUAAAAUACGUUUAUUUUUA